GACGUAGUUCAGUCUACGGCAGCCGGGACGGUCAAUCCUUUAGUUCGCGCUGAGCCCAGACAUCGUGCCGUGCUACUUUUACACCGGACUGUUUGAGGCAUGAAGCUCAGGGCUGCCCUGUGAAGACCAACCCCCAGUGAAGACAGCAGGGAUGGCUCUGGAACAGCUCAGUGAUGUGGUCCAGAGAUGUCAAGCCCUCCCCAGUGACAGCUACACCGCUGAGGAUCAUGACGUCUUCACGAUUGCAGGGCGGAGCUGCAUCGAGGAAGGAAACAGCGCUCAGGUCCUCAGUAUCGUCCUGGAUGAAAAGAAUCAGGACAUGGUGAGAUGUAUGGGCUGGAAUCUGCUGCCUCCACUUAUUCCGGUGCUGCUGAAGAAAGAAGACAAGAACCUUCCUCAGUGCCUGGCCAUUUUCAACCACCUGAUACAGACCUGCAGACCCAAAGAGCUGCUGAUCGGCCUGUUGGAGCAACUGGAGCAGGAUGAUCCUGACACCAUAGCUGAGAGUCUUCAUCUCCUCCUGAGCCCUCUACAGAAAGUGCUCCUGUGCCUCGGGAGUCGCAAGCCAUCAUCCUUGGGUAUGACCCUGUCCUCGGUGCUGGACCAGGUGGCCAAACUGCCUCUCCCUCGCACAAAGGAGCAAGAGGAGGACGAUGUGUUCUCGCUUUGUCGCUGCUGCACAGACCUGACAGACUUUGUCAGACCCUUUGUCGACGAGGCCAGACAAAACCUACUCACCACUAAGACGCAUAGCGAGGACAUAGACAAGACGACGGCUGGGCAGGAUGAGAUGGAAGACGAGCUAGCGACAGAGCUCCUUAAGUUCUGUAUGAAGACUCUGAGUCAUCCUCUGUUGGAAGUACAACUCAGGGAUCCCGACACGCUGCCUGUGUCCCCCCUCAGGAUGUUCGCCACAGAGAUUUUGGAAACCCUCCGUGCUAUCGGAGAGUCUCUGCCCAGCCUCGUCUACCAGCCUCUGCUGAGGAGAAAACAGGUUCCAGGCUUCCUGGAGGAGGAGGUGCGUUAUCCUAAAGAGUCUCUGGCCAGCUUGGCUCACCUGGUGUUUGUCCAUCACCUGGCUGCUGAUACAUUCCCCAGUGUUUUCAGUCCUGUGUUCAGUCUUCGAUGUACCAUGGAGCACAUCCUUCUCCUCCUGUCCAGGACUGAGGACUUCAGGAUUCAGAAAGGACUGGAGUUAUAUGAGAAAAGUUUGGUGCGGCUGGAGGACGGCAGCCUGCCUGCAGAUCUGCUGGAGAUCAAAACCUUCCUCACAGUGCCUCAGAACUUGGUAAAGGUCAUGACGAUAUGUCCGAGGCAUGAUUUGAGAACCAGAGGCCUUAAGGUGUUCCAGCUCAGUGUUGAUAAGUUUGAUACUGAAGCCAAGUACAGAUUUUUCCAGUACAUGCUGAAGACAAGUAAUCACUCAGGAGUGGAAGGUUACAUCAUCAAAAACAUCAAGAAUCAGAUAGACAUUGCUCUGCAGCCAGGUAACAGUAGCACCUGGUUUGAGGGCGUUCACCUGCUGCCUCUGCUCAGGAAGGUUCUUAUUCUUCCUGAUGGCCCAGAGACCGACCUACUGCAGUACCUGGACAGAAUCAUGGAGUCUCUGAACCUGCUGCGUUACCUGGUUAUAAGAGACAAAGUAACAGAGAACCAGACGGGGAUCUGGACAGAGCUUUAUAAAAUAGAGGAUUCCUUCAUGAAGCCCCUGCGCGUCGGGAUAAACAUGUCCAGAGCUCACUAUGAGAGGGAGAUGCACAACACCAUGGAGGCCAAGAAGAAGAAGAAGGCCAAAGAGGAGGAAUCGGUGCUUUCUGUGUCUGUCGGUGAUGAGAAGCUGCCCAGCAUGACGUCAGAGUCGCAGAUUCAGGCUCUGCACUCGGCCCUGCACACGUUUGACAUGAUCGAGAGCGUGUUGGUACGAAUAGAGGAGCUCGUUCAAGUGAAAGAUGAUCCAUAAAGUGAGAUGAGCAGCCACAGAUCCUCGUCGUCUCAGGGCCGAGCAAACAAAAAGAGCCUUCAACCGCUGAUUUACUUGUUCAAAAACAAAGCAGCAUCACAAAGCAUGUAGAUGCAUUUUUUUUCUUUGAGCCAUGCACUUCUAAUGUUUCAUAUUUCAGGUUGUCUCAGCAGCAUUCAUCUGAGUGUUUAGAAUUAUGUAAAACUGUAAAAUGUUGCAAACAUUGUCUAUAAAAAAAUAUCUAAAUGUCUGUGACGCUUGUAUCAUCUCUGUAAUAAAUUUUUCAAACUUUUGUA